AUGACAAAAAAGUAUCUAAAACUCAACAACUUGAUAGCUGUUCCCUUCGACAAGGGCAUCGGCAUUUGUGUUAUGAAAGUUGAAAGUUAUAACAACAAAAUGAACGACAUCAUUGGUUUACCCCAAUUUAAUAAACUUACAUCUAAAAGGAAAAAUGAGAAGAACCCUGUGUUCAAAGAAGAAGAAAGAAUUACAUCUGUCCUGAAAGAGUUAAAAGUGAAAGGAAAAAUCAGUGAACAGCUUUAUGAUAAACUAAAGCCAAUAGGAAGUCAACCACCUAGAAUCUACGGACUUGCUAAAGUACACAAAAAUAACACACCAAUGAGACCAGUUUUAUCGAUGCCAGGUUCUCCAUAUUUCAAACUAGCAAACCAGGUAGCAAAGUGGCUGUCAGUAGUAGAUGAAUGCAACAUCAAUUCUUCCACGAAACAAAUAUCCGAUCUAAUUACACAUCUCCAACUUGCAGAAAAUGAGGAACUUGUGAGUUUUGACGUCACAUCCCUAUAUACAAAUGUACCACUGAACGAAGCAAUUGAUGAUUGUACCAGUCUUUUAUAUUCUGGAAAAUACGAAAAACCUCCAGUAGAUCGAGAAACUUUUCAUAAAUUAACCUUACUAUGUAGUAGCAAUGUAGUUAUGUCGACUCAUGAUGGAUAUUACCAACAAGUCCAUGGAUUGGCAAUGGGGAGCCCACCAGCUCCAAUGCUUGCUAAUGGUUGGCUCAGUAAAUUUGACGAUAUUAUCAAGGGAGAUGCAGAUUUAUUCGCGAGAUAUAUGGACGAUAUUAUCAGAAAUAUCAACAAAGAUAAGAUCCAGGAAAAGUUGAAUGAGAUUAAUAAUAUUCACCCAUCACUAAAGUUUACUAUCGAGCGUGAAAACAAUGGAGAAAUUGCAUUUCUAGACAUGUCUAUAAAAAGAACACACGGAAACCUUGUCUCAAAGUGGUAUACAAAACCAACUGACACUGGUUUAACACUAAAUUUCCACGCCCUUGCACCAAAACAAUACAAGAGAUCGGUUGUGUCUGGACUUUAUCGUGGUAAAGUUUCGGAUAAUUUCAAACGAACGCUUAACAACAUCAAAGCUCCGUGCAGAAUUAUAUUCACGCUGAAUAAACUGAAAAGCUGUCUACCAUCACUAAAGCCAACAGUCGAAAAAUCUUUGAAAAGUGGCGUAGUAUAUAAAUUUUCAUGUCCAAGAUGUUCGUCUUGCUAUGUCGGUCAAACAAGCCGUCAUUUGAUAUGUCGUUUCAAAGAACAUCGACGAAAUGGCCCGGUUGGGGAUCAUUGGAAAGAAUGCGAACGUGAAUUGUCGAUUGAUGACGUAACGAUCUUGUGCUCAAACUCAAAAUCAACGUAUCAUUUAAUGACUUUAGAGGCUCUUUUCAUCAAUCAAUUGAAACCAUCUUUGAAUACAAAGGAUGAAUAUAGAUUCAGGCCGCUGCUUUUUUCUGAUUUGUGUACAGUGUAUGAUGCUAUGUAUGAUAUGCUUGUGUUUUUAUGCACUUUGUUACCAUUAGGGUGUAAAAAAAUACGGAACUUAUUACUGCGAGUUUGUAUAAAAAUCGUGCUAAUCAAUUUACAAUGGCACAAAAAUGUAGAAUUGUGUACUCUCUCUCCUCCUUAA